AUGGCAAAUAUUCAGAUGGAACAUGCUUACCAAAAGAAGCUAAUCAUCUUCCAAAACGAGAAGAGGGUCCUGCUGGGAGAAACUGGCAAGGAGAAGCUUCCAAGAUACCACAAGAACAUUGGUCUGGACUUCAAGACUCCCAAAGAGGCCAUCGAGGGUACUUAUAUUGACAAGAAAUGCCCCAUCACUGGUAAUGUGUCCAUUCAAGGACAGAUCCUAUCUGGUGUGGUGACUAAGAUGAAGAUGCAGAGAACCACCAUCAUCCGCCGGGACUACCUCCACUACAUCCCCGAGUACAAUCGCUUCAAGAAGCACAAGACUAUGUCUGUGCACCUGUUCCCCUGCUUCAGGAACGUCCAGAUUGGCGACAUCAUCGCGGUGGGCGAGUGCCAGCCCCUGAGCAAGACCAUGCACUUCAUCAUGCUCAAGAUCACCAAGGCCGCUGACACCAAGAAGCAGUUCCAGAAGUUCUGA